AUGGUAAAAUGGUCGCGAUUGUUCGGCCGGAGUGAGCGCGACUCGCGCCAUAUUCAAGAUGAGAUGCGGAGAUUGCUUCCGACCAACAGAGAUGAAAUUCCUGAUUCAGCUUUCCCGGCGAAGGAAGUCACGAAGGUCGCUCUGCGCCUUAAAUACCAGAUCGAAGAAGUGAUUCCAAUCGAACUCCCCCAAGAAAAAGUCGAAGCUGCAAAUAGUGGGAUCAUAACACAGAAGGUCGUCGAGACAGCGAAAGAGGCUGGAGGCAAAGACUACGCAGCAUGUGUCGUAUACUGUCUGUUGGUGUGCAAGCGAUGGUUCACACGUCAGGCUGCCCUUGAACUCUGGGAUGCUGAUCUUCACGAUGUUCGGGCAGUUGCUUGCGAGAUCAUUGCUAAGCGUAUUAUCGAGGACGAGGAGGAUCAAGAAUACCUCAUGCAGAAGGUUCUCCUGCAAAGAUAUUCCGUCCUCCGGAAAGAUGAAGAAACCGCGCCCGCAAACGUCAUCGAGAGGGCCGUCGAUCUGCACUGCCUGACGGUCAUAGGCUCGUCUGGUUACCAAAAAUGUAUCAAAUACCUCUGGCGGGGGUGGAUUCAACAAGAUGACAAGGCACCUGGCAACUUCUGCUACUAUCAGGAACGGGACAACACCAACUAUUGGGCCCAUCUCAACCCAGACCGUAUGCGGACACCUCUCUAUCAGAAUGUGGCCCAAAUCUCGAUUUCGCUGAUAUACUUGGGUCUCUUCACUGGUGCAGUCAACACAAUCAACGAAGAUGGCGAUCUGGACGUGGUCGAAGGCAUUCUUUAUGUUAUGACCUUUGGCUUUAUCUGUGAUGAGAUUGCGAAGCUCUGGAAGGUUGGCAUCUACUAUUUUGGGUUCUGGAACGCAUUCAACAACUGCCUAUACGCUUUGCUCACAGCAUCUUUCGUCAUCCGAGUGAUAGCUUUGGCACACUCACCAGACGAGCAUGACGAAAAGCGAGUCGCCCUAAAUCGACUUGGGUACCAUAUAUUCUGUGUCUGUGCUCCCAUGUUCUGGAUGCGGCUCAUGCUUUAUCUUGAUACUUUCCGGUUCUUCGGCGCCAUGCUGGUCGUUCUGAAGGUCAUGAUGAGGGAGUCCCUCAUCUUCUUCUUACUGCUGAUCGUUGUCUGCGUCGGCUUCCUGCAAGCAUUUAUCGGUCUGAACCAGGUGGAAGGCACUGCAUCAAUCACCACAUUUAUUGUUACUUCCAUGGCCAAUGCGAUCAUGCAGUCGCCAGAUUUUGAAGGCUUCGACAACUACGCUCAUCCGUUCGGCUUGAUUCUGUACUACAUCUUCACGUUUGUCGUCAUGGUCAUCUUGCUCAACAUUCUUAUCGCUCUUUACAACUCCGCCUAUGAAGACAUUACCGACAAUGCAAUUGACGAGUACAUGGCCAUGUUUGCACAGAAAACUCUUCAGUUUGUACGGGCGCCUGAUGAGAAUGUCUUCAUUGCGCCAUUGAACCUGAUCGAGCUAUUCUGUCUGAUCAUACCGUUUGAAUGGUGGAUGGACUCGGCUCGUUACGAGAGGUUGAACAACUACGUCAUGGGUUUCAUAUACUCUCCUCUUCUGCUCAUCACAGCAGCCGUAGAAGCUCGGGAGGCGCACUCGGUCCGAGACAAUCGCAAGAGAGGCGAGGAAGACGACGACACCAUCGAAGAAUGGGAAGAGCUUCAGGGCGAGGUCGAUUUCGAAAGUGAAGGUUGGGGCAAGAAAGUGCAAUCGACCAAGCCUGUUGUUGAGGUGGACGCAGAUGUGGUUGAGAUCAGAGAGCUCAAGGCGCAGAUCAACGAACUACGAGACAUGAUACGGGGGAUGAGCGUCGAACCGGGAGACAAAUAA